GGCGAGAAGACCUUGCAAAAUAUUCACACAAUUCGGACAAUUAUUGACAACAACAACACAAGUGAAAGUCGAAGAAGAAAAAUUCAAAACUUUUUCAAAACAAAAUACUAAAUAAUCGAAAAUUGUUUGUUCAAAAAUAAAGAAAGAAAGCAAGUGCUGAAUAAAGAAGUGCGCGUUAGUACAAAAAGACUUACUGCAAAAGUGCAAAUUAAUUAGCAAAGUAAAACCCAAAAUGAGUUUUCAAAGAACAUUAUUGGCUGUGCUGCUUAGUUGUGCCGCAAUGGAUACACUAAUCGGUCCACAGACUGUGCAGGGCUUUGCCCUCGGUCAAUCGAAAUACGGACGCAUCGAGAAGUUCCCCUACCAAGUGAUGCUGAUCGGCAAACAGUUGUGGCGCAAGCGCAUACUCUGCGGCGGCACGCUGCUCGAUCAACGCUGGAUACUCACCGCUGGCCAUUGCACCAUGGGCGUCACACAUUUUGACAUCUACCUGGGCGCGCUCACCAUCGAAGAUGGCGCCGAAACGGGACGCUUGGUGCUGCGCUCGAAUAAAUUCAUCGUGCAUGAAGGCUUCAAUCCCGACACAGCGGCCAAUGAUAUCGCGCUCGUCAAGCUGCCCAUAGAUGUAGCCUUCACAGCGCGCAUACAACCCGCCACGCUGCCAUACCUCAGGCGCAACGAUGCGCUGACCGGCGCCAAAGUCGUUGCUACCGGCUGGGGUGCCAACAAUGAGAUGUCCAACUACAACCCCAUGCAAUACACCGAACUGCGUGUGAUCUCCAAUCAGGAGUGCGCCAAUGAAUUCGAUGUGGUGACAAGCGGUGUGCUCUGUGCGAAAGGCUUGCGCGACGAAACCGUCUGCUCCGGCGACUCUGGCGGUCCACUCGUGCUGAAGAAUACGCAAACUGUCGUUGGUAUUACGAGCUUCGGACCCGCCGAUGGCUGUGAGACGAAUAUACCCGGUGGCUUCACGCGCGUCACACACUAUUUGAAUUGGAUCGAAGCGAAAACAGGCCGACUGGCACAGAACAUGCAAAAAGUGUCAGAACAAAGCGCGCAGGUGCAACGUCUGCAACCGGUGGCACAGCACGCGCAGGCGCUCAUGCGCAAUGCUGUGCGACUCAACGAGAAUGUGGUGUAACUUAGGGCGCCAGCAGGCGUGUGGGUGGGGAAUUGCGAAAUUUUCAAGGGGAGAAUUUCGAAAAAUUCGUGUCUUUUGACUGACUGAAAACAAAGCUUUAACUAGUGAUUUUUAACUCGUAUUUAUUAUUAACUAUAAAGAAUGUGUAAAUACUCAUGUUAGAAAGGAAGAAAAAUUUUAGAAAAACAAGCGAGUGUUAGACAAUGAUGCGCCCGGCUUGAGCUGCAUAGCGCUCUGGCGCUCGGUAGUGAUUCACUCGUGAAAGCGCUCUGACGCAAAAUACCGUUUAUCAGCGCGCACAGACGACACAAACGCGCUCUUGUGUGUGUGUGUGACAAACGGGACUCGUUCGACGCGUUCUUUCAAGUGUCCAGUUGCUGGCGCGCGUCAUUAAAACUGCUCGCAAUUAAGCGAUUUUAAGUGAAAUGCUUUAUGAAAUAAGCCCACAUACACAUACUUACAUACUUACGUUUAAGUAAUAUAUUGUACUACGAAUUGGAAGAUUGUGAUAUUUGUGAAUAGUGUUUAAUAGCAAAAAUAAUGUGCAGGUGUGCCUGUGUGUGUGUGCACUUGAUUUGUGUUCAAUUAAAAAAAAAUUGUUUGAUGCAAUGUUUCACUUAAAAUUAAUAUUAUUAUAAAUACGCACACACACACAUGCACAUAUACACUUAUAUAGUUUUAAGCAUGAUAUUUAAUGUAUUAUUUAUUUUAAUUAAUUGCACGAAAGGAAUUACGUGUUUGCGCAUAACGUUAUUUCUUGGUUUUCUGCUUUUAUAUACAUAAACUCACACACACACACAAACGUAUGUAUCGUGUGUUUUUUAUCAACGCAAACUAAAUGAAAUUUAAUGAGUUAAAAGACAAAAACAAGUUAUACGGUUAUCAGCAAACAAUUAAUAUUCAUAUUUACAUAUUCUAACGUAUAAAUAUACACAUAUACAUAUAUAAGAACAAAACAACAAAAACAGAAAUAAAACAAAUUUAAAUUCAAACAAUAUUUUAAGCAAAAUUAUUUCGGGUUUUUCAAUCCGCGACUAGUUACACGUGCAAUUGGAAAUUUAUUGGGCGGGUCUACUGGGUAUUUUACAUACAGCACUUGUAUACAUAGAUACAUCCUAUAUAAGUAUUAUAUACAAUGUGGCAGUUCUGGUUCCAGGUGAUAAUUGAUUGCUGCGAGAAUGGUUGUUUUCAACGUUGCGGAGACGAACUUUAAGGUCGAAUGAAUCAGUAAGAGUGAACAGCGGUAACGGAAGAAAUAGUGCGAACAGUGACAUUUUGAUACCUUUUCGGUGAAAAAAAAAAUUAUGAUAAAUAAAAUGGAGCGUGUCA